AUGACCUCACGCAACAUUCGCUACUGGCGUAGCUUCCUGCAUAAUCUUCUGUGUCCUCCUGACGUCCCCAGCUCUGAGACCUCAUACGACGGCGUGUGCGUCUUCACACUCUCGGGUCGUGUCGAGUAUCUGGACGGCUGCUUUCAAGCCUCCUCUCCCUCUGACGCUUCCCUAGAAGUGGAUCCACUACCGAUUCUGACCAUUUUCCACCAACUCACGUGCCAGGCUAUUCAGGAAGAGAGAGACGCCCACCAGGAGCCAGGAACAGCCAAGCACGCGAUCCCCAACGUAACACCCGCAUUGAGACUGGGUAACUGCGUGCUUCACGUCGUGUCUGCUACCUUUACGAGCAUCUGCGCUGUGUCAAGCGGCAAAUCCCGGGGCCUAGUGGUGGAGAAGCUCCCGUUCGGCGUGCUGGUCGUGGCCUUUUCGUCGCCGCUGAGGCUCGAGACGGUGUUCAGUCGCAUCGAUCGCGCAUGUGCACCACUGCGACGCUGA